GAGCCUUUGGAUGAUCCUCAGGAAUUUGGAGCCUGUGCAACAGAAGAAGUGAUUCGCUAUGAGUAUCAUGUCUUGUACUCCAGUAGCUACCAAGUACCUGUGCUGUAUUUCAGGGCAUGUCUUUUAGAUGGAAAACCUUUGACUCUGGAUGAAAUAUGGAGCAGUGUCCAUGCAUCCUACCAGGCUCGUCUGCAAGAGGGACCCUGGGACACCAUCACACAGCAG